AUGGUGAUCUCUUGGCUUUUACAUUCUGUUUCCCCCAAUAUAGCCGAAAGCAUCAUGUUUCGUACCACUGCCGCUGCUAUGUGGAAAGAUUUGUCUGAUCGUUUCAAUCGAUGCAAUGGGCCUACAGUUUUCCAACUCAGAGAAUCGGCUAUUGCUCUCAAGCAAGGCAACCAAGAUGUUCAAACCUACUUCACUAAAAUCAAAGUUCUUUGGGAUGAAUUUGCUGAGUUUCAUCCUACUGCCAUAUGCACUUGUGGAGCAAUGGAAAAACUCAAUGAUUUUUACAAUCUUGAUCAAGUUUUACAGUUUUUGACAGGGUUGAAUGAGUCUUAUCAUCCCAUUCGUGCUCAGAUUCUUCUGCUUGACCCUAUCCCGAACAUCUCUAAGGUCUUUUCUAUGGUCAUUCAAGAAGAAAGCCAGUGGACUCUUGGCUCUACCAUCGUUCAUUCCACUCCCACCAUUGUUGCAGCAACAACACCUACAACUCUAUAUCACCCUCCUCGGUCUAAGAAGCCUCGCCCCUUUUGCACUCAUUGCAAUAGACCUGGACAUUUAAUUGACAAGUGCUACUUCUUAUAUGGCUUCCCUCCUGGAUAUGGUGCUCCUCGAAAGCCUCAUGAAAAACUCAAAGCUGCUGCCAACAUUGCUUCCACUACCACCAAAGACCUAGAUCCCUACCUUUUGACAACUUAA